GAUAUGGAUGGUACCAUCACAAAAGGUGGAUAUUCCAGUUACAUAGUUGUCCAUGAAAGGUUCUGCUACAAAAUACCCGAUGAAUAUCCUCUGGCUUCAGCAGCACCAUUGCUUUGUGCUGGAAUUACUGUUUAUUCACCAAUGGUACGCCAUAACAUGAACCAACCUGGCAAAUCCCUAGGUGUUAUCGGGCUUGGUGGUCUUGGUCACAUGGCAGUGAAGUUUGGUAAGGCUUUCGGAUUAAAAGUAACAGUUUUUAGCACGAGCAUAUCAAAGAAAGAGGAAGCCCUGAAUCUACUCGGUGCAGACAACUUUGUUAUCUCAUCUGACCAAGAGCAUAUGAGGAUCCUAACAAAAUCAUUGGACUUCAUAGUUGACACAGCAUCUGGUGAUCACCCCUUUGAUCCUUACUUGCAACUACUGAAAAUUGGUGGGAUUUAUACCCUUGUUGGAUUUCCAAGUGAAAUUAAAUUUAGUCCUGCUAGCCUUAACAGAGGUUUGAGAACGGUUUCAGGGAGUAUUACAGGUGGUACAAAAAUGACCCAAGAGAUGAUUGAUUUCUGCGCUGCACAUAAGAUUUACCCAAAGAUUGAAGUAAUUCCGAUUGAGUAUGUAAAUGAAGCUCUUGAGAGGCUAAUAAAGAGGGAUGUCAAAUAUCGGUUUGUGAUUGACAUUGAGAAUUCCCUCAAAUAAAAUCCUGAAGGUGAACAUUAAAAUAAUAAUAAUAAUAAUAAUCUUCUUCUAGAUUGCAUGUUGUUUUUCAUACUGUGUACUCCAGGAAAAAACAUCAUAUUGGAAACUGCCACGUGUCCAAGUAGUCAAUAAAUGGUAAAGUCUUGU